GAGAGAGAGAGAGACGAUGAGGUGUUAAACUUGCUUGCUACUGUGUAGUGAGUUAAAAUGCAGUGCGAAGCACCAUGACUAAUUUCCGUAACAUACUCAAAAAAAGGCACUUCAUAUACGGUUCCCGCGAGGGAAACACGGAUCAAACAACUCGCCUCUUUCUCUCUCUCUAAAAUUCUCUCUAAAACUGUUUUGUGUGUGUGUUGGUUGGAAGAAAAUGGAGGCAGCGAUGGGAUUGAUGAGAAGAAUUCCUCCGAAGCACACAGAGACUGCUCUCUCUGCUCUCCUCACCCUCUUGCCUGACCACUCCUCGCAUCUCCUUUCUCAAGUCGAUCAGCCUCUUCAGGUAUUGUGUGAUGUGGAUUGUGGAAAGGAGUUCAUCUUAUGUGAAUACAACAGAGAUGCUGACUCCUAUAGGUCACCUUGGUCAAAUAAAUACCAUCCAUCAUUGGGAGAUGGACUUUACCCUUCUCUGGAGUUGAGGAAACUUGAGAUUGAAGCAAAUGAAGUCUUUGCAAUUUAUCGUGACCAGUAUUAUGAAGGCGGCAUUUCAUCAGUGUAUUUGUGGGAAGAUGCGAAUGAAGUUUUUGUAGCUUGCUUCUUGAUAAAGAAAGAUGGCUCAAAGUCAGGGCAUGGCAGGAGAGGUUAUCUGCAUGAUGGAAUAUGGGAUGCUAUACAUGUCAUUGAGGUGGCUCCAGAGGACGAAGAAAUGACUCGUUACUGUUUAACAAGUACUGUCAUGUUGUCAUUGACUACAAAUAAUGACUCGUCUGGCACGUUCAAUCUGUCAGGGUCAAUUAGAAGACAGAUGAAUAUGAAUCUCUCAGUGGCCGAUGGUCAUCUAAGUAACAUGGGUAAGAUGAUAGAAGAAAUGGAGAGUAAACUGAGAAAUUCAUUAGAUCAGGUGUAUUUUGGGAAGACAAAAGAGAUGGUUUGCAACUUGCGCCCGCCAUCUGAACUGCCGCAAAUGAGACUGCCCGACAACUGAUGGAUCUAUAUUUUUGGCCUUGCGAGGUGAAAAAAAAGUAUUGAUCUGUUUGUUUCUUGUUUCCAUCAUCACUUUGUGUUAUGAUUAGUGAAGAUUGUGUUUUGGAUACUUUUUUAUUGCAAUAUUUUGUGAUAUUAUUUAAUCUUAAGAAAAUUAUACAUGGAUUUUCAUUAGUGACAUGAUUUUUACGAUUA